GCGAUCCCGGAAGCGGUGUCAGUCUGGGAGCCGGCGGCGGGCAGCGGGCGGCGGGACUUGUUGUUCUUCACGAAGUCGGAGCGCUAGCGCGGGCGGAGGCGCCGUCCGCUGGGAGCGCGAGUGGAGGAGCGCGAGGGGAGCGCGUGCCCGCGAGGAGGCGCCGCGCCGCGGUCCGCGACGCCAGGUACGAUUUCUAAGUGGCUUUGCCCUGGUGACUGUGCCCAGGUUAUGACGACGAAUCCCAAACCGAAUAAGGCAUUAAAGGUUAAGAAGGAGACGGGUGAGAACGCCCCGGUGCUCAGCGAUGAUGAGCUGGUGUCCAUGUCAGUGCGGGAGCUGAACCAGCACCUGAGGGGGCUCACCAAGGAGGAGGUGACGCGCCUGAAGCAACGGCGGCGCACGCUCAAGAACCGCGGCUACGCAGCCAGCUGCCGCAUCAAGCGGGUGACCCAGAAGGAAGAGCUGGAGCGGCAGCGGGUGGAGCUGCAGCAGGAGGUGGAGAAGCUGGCCCGUGAGAACAGCAGCAUGCGGCUGGAGCUCGACGCCCUACGGGCCAAGUAUGAGGCCCUGCAGACCUUUGCCCGCACCGUGGCCCGCGGACCCAUCACACCCACCAAGGUGGCCACCACCAGCGUCAUCACCAUCGUCAAGUCCGCCGACAUCUCCUCUACUUCUGUGCCCUUCUCGGCUGCAUCCUAGUCCCUGCCGGGGCCGCGUCCCCAAUGCCUGCCCUUGGAUCCCUGGCACAAACUGAGCAUCUGUGCACUGCGGACCUCUUGGGGCCAAGGGCAGGGACAGCAGGACUGGUGGCCGGCCCAGGAAGGAGAGUAGGCUCUUGUGAGCCAGAGCCACCUGCCACCCACACGCACACUCAUGCACACUCACACCUACACGCACACUCACGCCACCCCUUCUCCCUAGAUGUGUCUGUUUAUAAGAGUUGUUAGAGUCCUAAGGCGCUGUGGCUGGGUGCAGGGGGCUCAUCUUCCAUGCCUCUGCGAGCACCCUGUUGGCCCCGUCCUACCAGCCAGCCCCCAUCAAGCUCUGGCCACCCUGAGAGGCGGGGGCCUGUUGGCAGCUCUGAUCUUCCAGUUGUCCCCAUGGAAAUGCACUGUGACCUGCUUUAGCUCUUACAUUCAUGCCUGGCCCCUGUGAGGCAGACUUGGGAGGGGAUGCCUGAGGGUGCUAAUUUGUGUGUGUGUGUGUGUGUGUGUGUGUGUGUGUGUGUGUGUGUGUGUGUGUGUAUUCAUUCAUCUGCCUGACAUCACAGCACCCAUGGCCAUAGCACUAUCCUUGGAGGAAUAGCUGGGUCAGGUGGGAAGGGCUUGUCAAGUAGUAUCAGAGUAGUGCGCAUGUUACGGAAUGUCCCUGUGUUUUGUGACCCAAGGAGGUCAGCCAGGGAGGUGCAGGAUCUGACCCACAGGUGGAGUUGGGGACAGGAGUCUCCCACCAGUCAGCAGGGAGCAGGCUUGGUCUUCCUGGAGCCACUGCUCACUAGCUGUGCUCAGUGUGGGUGAGAAGGGGGAUUUUGGGGGGCCUGCAGGGAAGGGCUGCUGUGGUCAGGAGAGAAGCUUGGUGGCCAUUGAGGUGGAAGUGGAGGAUAUUCUGUGGCACAGGCCAGGGGUCAUCGUAGUUUCCAUUGUGGAAGGAGGAGAGUGGUCAGGUGGGGAGGAUGGGGCAGGAGCCAGGGAAGGGGACCCAGGUCCUGGGAUGUGGAGGGGUCUGGGUGGUGCUAUAUGGAGGUCAGAGGGCCCUAGCUGGGACAGGCUUAUUGUGUCCAGCCUAGGUAGGCUGUGGGUGUGGUGCUUAACUGUCAUUGGCACCUCCUGCUCUUGCUUUAUAAAACUCCUAAGAUGCUGAUGCUCUUGGAAUCCUUCUGGCUUCCUUCCCCUGAGCAUCACCACAGGGCCCCUCUGGGACAGGGGCCUCAGCAGGGCCACCAUUGUGAGCUGGUGGGAUGCCAGCCCUAUGUCUUGCCACCAGAAGCCUUCAUGUGUGAUAAGCAGGGGUAGUGCAGGGACUUCCAGUUCCCUCAUGGCUUGCCCUCCACCUACAUAGUGAGACCCCCAGCAAACCACCAAGUUCACUUGCAGGAUGUUGGCUACAUUGGGAGGAGGGCAGUGGACAGCCCCAAAGGACAGACAGCCCCAAGGGCUGUGGCCUGGUUGUGUGUCUACUGUUAGUGGAUAGAAGUGUCUGGGAGUCUGCGGCAGCACUGGGGUGCAGCGGUUGGUCAUCCUCCUGGCCCGGGGUUGCUCAGGGCCGGCUGGGCAAUAGCCCAAGGCACAUGGGAUCCACAAAGAGCAAAGGCCCCACUGGGCACUUAACAAAAGCUGUUGAUACCAUAGCCAUGGUAGGUAAUCCAUAUUGGAUAUCAGUAAGGACCAUGGGGAAAUAUUUAAAGAAAGAGAAGAAUAUAUAUAUAAAAUUAUAUACAUACUUUAUCUUACAGAAUUUUCAUAACAAUUUUUCCUUUCCAGUUUGAUACUGUAGAUCUUUGUUAGUGCAGAGCCGCAGGGGAUGGUGGGUGGGGUGGGACAAAUUGCCCUCCUUCCUGCGUUCUGCUGCUUGCCAUGGACAGAGGAUGUCUGCUGCCUCCCCUUGGUCUUCCUGCCUGCAGAUGGUGCCAGGCACACUGGGCUCUGGACAAAGCCUGACCCUGCAGGUGCUGUGCAUGGCCCCUCAGAGCAGGCUAUAGCAAUACAAGUUCUGUCCAGUCUUGGAGCCUGUGUCCCCAUCUCAUAGGACUCAGCAGGCAGGUGACCACUGGCCAUGGGUUGCUGCCCAUUGCUGGCCUGUGGUGCUUGGCUUGGGGCAUGGGAGGUGCCCUGCCCUUGGUUCCAGGGUGGACGGAGCUACCGUCACUGCCCAGAGCCUUGGUCCAGGGCCUGGGAAAGAAGCAGCACCUUCUGCUUUUCUUUUCAGACCCUUGAAAUUUCAUUGUCACAAUUUAAUAUGUGGAUUUUUAUUAUUAUUUUAAGAAAAAAGACAAGGACCUCUUUGUUUUGUGGGUUUGUUUUCUGUCCGGCUCCUCAAACUUCCCAAAGAAGGUAGGACUCUACCUGCCAGGGCGGCUGGAACACACGCUCACUGCAUGGCCCAGUCUGUCCUGGCCACCUGGCUACUUGCAUUUCAUUUCAAUAUUUAUUUUUGUGCUACUUUUUCCCCCAGUAUAAAUUAUUGAGAAGAGAUAUAUGCUGUGGACCUUUGUCUGUGCCCACCCUGACCCUGUCUCAUGGCCACCACCUAAUUUAUUGCUGUACAUGUCGCUGCUGUGACUGCUUUUGUACCUUUGCAAUAAAGAAUCUCCUGGUUUCAGGUUCUUCUGGUGCAGACCUGACUCUUGGAGCCAA